AUGCUGCUGCUGACCGGGAUGUGGUGUCGUUCUGGAUCGAGCGGCGGAGGUCGUGACGGACUCGGUCUUGGCUGGGCUCAGUGCGCUCAGCCGCGUGCGCGUGUGCGCACUCAUCACCAUCGCCCUGCAACUGCGUUCUGCCUUCCGGUCUACUGGCGCUGGCGUGGCCUCUCAGCAGAACCUGUCGCGCUUUCUUCUUUCGAUACCGGGAAGUGGAAUCACGGAAAGCGUCGCUCGACUAUUCGCAAUCGAAUACAACGCACAAGCCGACGUGCCGCGUUCGAGUACGCCUCCGAGUCUCUGCUUAGGCAGCCUUGCAUGCACGUUGACCAAGGCCGGAAGGAUGCGUUAGAUCAACCUACCGCUGGUUUGAACAUCCAGAUCUACGACACCACACUCCGCGACGGCACCCAGGGCGAAGGUAUAUCGCUCUCCUGCCAAGAUAAAUUGCGCAUCGCUGCGGAGCUUGAUGCGAAACUUGGCGUGGCGUAUAUCGAAGCUGGUUGGCCCGGAUCCAAUCCCAAGGACGAACAAUUCUUCCUGCGGGCAAAGCAGGAACUGUUGCCGCGCAUGCGUAACGCAAAGUUGGUGGCUUUCGGUGCAACGCGACACAAAGGGACUCCCUGCGACGCGGACCCGCAACUAGGGUCGCUGCUGCGCGCUGAAACGCCCACCGUAACCAUAGUCGCCAAGACCUGGGAUUUUCAGGUUCUGCAGGUGCUCGGCACGAGUCUGGAUGAAAACAUCCGGAUGAUUCGGGACACCGUCUCGUAUCUCAAAGCAGCUGGACGGGAGGUCAUGCUCGACGCAGAGCACUUUUUCGAUGCCUAUGAAGCGAACGCUUCGUACGCGAUGCAGUGCUUGGAAGCGGCAGUAGAGGCCGGCGCAGACGUCCUUGUGCUUUGCGACACGAAUGGCGCUGCUACACCCUGGGUCGUCGAAAAUGUUAUGCGUGUGGUGCAGUCUCGAUUUGAGUCGUCACCUGGUGUUCGUUUGGGUAUCCAUUGCCAUAACGAUAUGGAACUGGCGGUAGCGAAUUCCAUUGCAGCUGUGCGCGGGGGCGCCACGCUGCUCCAAGGCUGCGUCAACGGCUACGGUGAGCGUACUGGCAAUGCCAACCUCAUGUCGAUUAUCCCGAUCUUGCAGCUGCGACUGGGGUAUUCCGUAGUAGCCUCAACGACGCACUUGCAGAAUUUGACGGCAGUGUCUCGCUUCGUGGACGAAAUUGCGAAUCGCCCGCACGUUCCAUGGCGUGCAUUCGUUGGUGAGAGCGCUUUUGCGCACAAAGGCGGUCUCCACGUGGCCGCUAUGCUGAAAGACCCUCGCAGCUACCAGUUCAUUGAUCCCGCUUUGGUGGGCAAUCGGCCACGAGUACUCGUUAGCGAACUCAGCGGACGCGGUAACAUUCAAUCGAAACUGCGCUCCUUGAACCUCGCCUUUGAUGAACGCGAUCCGGUUUGGAAGGCGCGUAUUACCAAGAUACUCGAGCGUAUCAAGGCGCUGGAGAACAAGGGAUUCACGUUCGAAGGCGCCGAGGCAUCGCUAGCGAUGAUGUGGCGUCGAGCGGUUCCCAAUUAUGUGGCGCCGUUCGAACUUGUCGAUUUUUCCGUCUUCACUGGUAACAAACGCGUUUUGUAUGUGAACCAGGAGGGUUGUUUUACACCCGAAGACCCAGAGGAUGCUGAAGAUAGCUGGUUUUCGGAACCGCUUGCCCGAUCGCUCUCGGAAGGCGCCCGCGAUGGUACUGCGGCACCGGUAACGGGUGGUCCACUAUUCGUAACACCUCUGCCGAGCGCUCAGAUACCCGAAAGAAAUAGCCGUAGGGCACUUGCUCGAGAUCCCUCUGUGGCCGUCUGGCGGAACGAGACGCACACCCAUGCUGUUGUGAAGGUACUCGUGCAUGGUGCUGCACCAACGCUCGAGUGUGCGGAAGGCAACGGCCCGGUAGACGCGGUCAACGCGGCAAUGCGUCGAGCGCUUCUGGGAUCGUUCCCCGAGCUCGAGCAUAUCAGUCUAGAAGACUACAAAGUCAGGAUCUUGGACUCGGAAUCGGCGACAGCCGCAACCACUAGAGUCUUGGUUUCUUUCCAUGACCGAAAACGCGGUCUACGAUUUACGACCGUAUCAGCGGAUACGAAUAUUAUCGUUGCAUCUGUGAAUGCCCUGGUAGAUGGACUCGAAUAUGCGCUGCAUUUGGAUCCGGCUCGAGCGUCACAGGCUGUCGCGUGA